AUGCCGGCAGCUCUCCAUAAACCAAAGAAAUACGGAACAGCCCGUCGCUCGGGUACCCUCACAAAGGCCUUUAGAGGGUCAGCCAGAGCAUGGGAUUCCCAACGGAAACCGCAGGGUCUGUUGAUGCAGCAACCAACUUCUCAGCACCAUGACGACGACAACGACGAUUCAGAUGAUAGCUUUGCGCUAGAGUCGCCGCCUGAGUCGCCGUUGGCUGAGAGAGUAGCUAUUAUCCAGACUACUACAGCAGGUAGUCCUGUUAAAAGACCGCCAAUCCGACCCGCUUCUCCUCCUGCUCCGAUACAAGAUUCGCCGUCUGCCGUACCAGUCGACCUUGCACCCCGUCAACCGCUUACUCAAAAACGUGACAACCAUCUCAACCAGCUUCCUUCCACUCCGAAAAAUAGAAAAUCGUAUGCCAGACGGGAGAGUAGUAGAGCAACUAAGGCAGAGGAAGUUACAGUUUGUCAGUCAAUCGCAAUUGAGGCCAAAGUGGUAGAAAACAAAGAGGUUAUUUCAAUUGAGGCACAACAGGAAGAAGUUGUUAUCAUCGACCGAGAGGAAAAUGAUCUGCCAUCUCUGGAACAGACCUCGAUCAAAGUUAGGGAAACAUUCGCUGUCGAAAUUAUAUCCUCCAGGCGGAGUAUAACUCCGUCGAUAGUCUCAAACGACAUCGAGUCUCAGGGAGAAGAAGAAGAACAAGCUGAAGGGGCUGAAACAAUGGGGACCGAAUCCGAUGAGGAUGUAGAGGAGGAGGAGGGGGAGGAGGAAGAGGAGGAAGAAGAAGAAGAAGACGACUUCCAAGAAGUAGAGGAAUAUGACGAAACUGUCUUCCUCAGCCCCGAAAAGCGAGGAGAACUCCACAACGAAGCUAGGCGCCGUGGUCGCGCUCAAGGCCCCGCCCUUGCUCUAAACGACCCUCUUAUCACCGGCAUCACCGCCCUCAAUCUCCAUUCUCCAUCCAUUACACCAACUACAUCAUCAGGACAAGACACAACUCCAACCCCGAAAACGGAGAAGAAGCCAAAGGGACUUAUCACCCCACCGCCGGACGAAAUCCCUGCGCUUCAUGCAGAUAGCAAAGUCUUCACGCUCCUACCGGUCUGUGAUCAACAGCGUAUUGUCUCGUAUACAGAGUAUUUACAAACCAUCUCACCGGACUUUUCGCAUAUAAAGAAGAUUGGAGAGUCGAGUUUUGCGGAAGUAUAUAUUCAUAAGCGAGAUGAUGGACGGUCUGUAGUAUUGAAACUUGUGCCAUUGGCUCAGGAGAACAAUGCGACCGAAGUCCUUCAAGAGCUAAAGACAACACGAGCACUCUCACCCAUUCCAGGGUUCAUUAAAUAUCUAGGCUGUCAGGUGGUCUGCUCUCGCGUGCCCCCAGAACUCGAAGCCGCCUGGCGAGUAUGGGAGGUUAAGAAUAAUGAGAGAUACAGCCCUACCGACCGUGUCUUUGGCGACACAACUUACCACGCCAUAAUAGCUCUCGAAGACGGCGGUUGCAGUCUUGACGAAGCUCGUUGGAGCACCUGGGACGUUCCACUCGAAAUCUUCAGACAAACUAUCAAAGCAUUCGCGCAAGCCGAAAGAGAAAGAGAGUUUGAACAUAGAGAUUUACAUCUUGGGAAUAUUUUAGUCAGAGACUUGAAAAAAGAGAGGGAAGGAAGGAUUGGAGAAGAUACGGGUGUUGGCAGAGAUUUAGAGAUUACUCAUGCCGGGUUUGAAGAUGUGAUUGUUACCAUGAUCGACUAUACGCUUUCGAGGGCGAAGAUUCCGGAAGAGUUUGGAGGUGGAGUCGCGUAUAUGGAUAUGGAAGAAGGGAUGUUUGAUGUGUUCGGGUUGUAUCAAUUCGAUAUGUAUCGGAUGGUGAGAGACGAAGUUUUGCAAGUAGCAGCAAAUGCCGCUGGUAACGCAAAGAACGGGGGCCGACGAUCAGAAAGGAUUAAUAAACCUGACUGGACGUUACACUGCCCUCGAUCGAACGUUAUCUGGUUACACUUCUUGAUCAAGCGACUUAUUAGAUCCGAUGAUGGGAGAAGAAAUGAUGGGAAAUUGAGGAUUUGGAAACCAUCGAAGGCGAAGAAGAAUCAAUUCGACCUAGCUUGUUGGGGAGAAGUUAUGAAGAUUCAUGAGGUUUUGGAUAUGGAAGUUGAUGAGGAGUGGAAGUUUGCUGGGGCGGUAGAUAUUGAGAGGUGGUGUGAGGAGGAAGGGCUCUUCGAGAUUCUUGAGCAAGAAAGAGAAAGGAGAAAGAGCGAAAGCGGAGAAGUUAUCAAAGAGAAGGUAGAAGUUGUCGUAAGUAAGGAGAAGACAAAGGAGGUAGUCCGGAGGUCACAAAGGUUGAGGAAGUGA